UUGUGAGAAUGAAUGAGGGCAGUGUCCUGUCUAUAGCUGAGGCGCGCGGUGCAUCCGUUUCGAGUGACUCCUAGUCAGGGCGAGGUAGACCAAGCUGCGGGAGGCCGUGGGCCCCAAUGGCUUCCGGUUACCCGCGGCGCCCCACUUUGAAGGGAGCUGGGUUCUGGCGCCGAGACGAAUGCUGGCCCCGUGUGCUCAUCGCGAAGGUCACUGGGUCUGCUUGUCGGGGAGGUCCGGGUCUACGAACGGCACCUGCGCCUGAAACGUGCCUAGGUCGCGUGCGCACAGCUACUGCGGCGUGUGUGGAUGCGUGACCCCGGGCUGGAGCGCUCGGGCUUGUGGCUCCCCAGUCCUGGCAGGGUUAGCAUUAGCGAAGAUCUGGGUUUUCGGAAGGGCGGGCAAGAGACUGACCCUGGAACAUCCACGGGAAUGACUUUCUUAGAUUCGACACUCUUUCAGCCCUAGGUCUGCCGCUUAGCGGGUGCAACUUUGGGCAGAUGUCUUAAACAUUCAGCGACCGUUUCUUCAGUUAAAACUUUAGGAGUACGGCAGUAGUGAAGUGUAAAUGAGAUUUCGCUUGCAAGGGCUUAGCUAGUCGCUGCGCGUAGUAGGUAGUCAACACAUGGUACACAUCCACUUCUCUUCAGAUCAUAAGCCUUCAGUAUAAUGAUUUGAAAGUUGAUACACAUUCCUUUCCACACGAACACGACCUUGCACUAUCUCUCAGGAAGAGCAUGCUGAAGGAGAGGGUCAUGGACUUGGUCACCCAGACGGCUAUCCUGCCCCUGCUGUUUGGCUGCCUGGGGAUUUUCAGCCUCUUCCGGGUGCUACAGCGGAUCCGCUCAAGGGCUCACCUGAGGGAUGCUGUGGUGGUGGUUACAGGUGCCACGUCAGGGCUCGGCAGAGAAUGUGCCAGAGUCUUCCAUGCUGCGGGGGCAAAGCUGGUGCUCUGUGGUCGAAACUUAGAAGCCCUUGAAGCCCUCACCAGUGAACUUGCUGGUUCUCGUACUCCCCAGGGACAGACGUACAAACCUUACACGGUGACCUUCGACCUCACAGAUCCUGGGGCUAUUGCUGCAGCAGCAACUAAGAUCCUACAGUGCUUUGGCUAUGUGGACAUCCUCAUCAAUAAUGCUGGGGUCAGCUACCGCGGUAGCAUCAGUGAUACCAUAGUGGACGUGGACAGGAAGGUGAUGGAGAUAAACUACUUUGGCCCUGUUGCACUAACGAAAGCACUCCUGCCCUCCAUGGUCAAGAGGAAGCAAGGCCACAUCGUCGCCAUCAGCAGCGUCCAGGGCAAGAUCAGCAUUCCUUUUCGAUCAGCGUAUGCAGCCUCCAAGCAUGCCACCCAGGCAUUCUUUGACUGUCUGCGUGCUGAGAUGGAGCAGGAUGGCGUCGAGGUGACUGUGAUAAGCCCUGGCUACAUUCAUACCAAUCUCUCUGUAAAUGCUGUCACUGCCGAUGGCUCCAGAUACGGAGCUCUAGACAAGAACACAGCCCAGGGCAGAAGCCCUGCAGAGGUGGCCCAGGAUGUCCUUGCUGCCGUGGGUAAGAAGAAAAAGGAUGUGAUCUUGACUGACUUACUGCCAUUCUUGGCCGUCUAUCUCAGAACUCUGGCUCCUGGGAUUUUCUUCAGAAUCAUGGCCUCUAGGGCCAGAAAAGAGCAAAAAUCCAAGAACUCGUGAUGUUGGUCAGAGCUGCUAGCCUGGAUCAGCCUGAGUACCACCCCUUCCUGGGCUGGGAUUGUUCUGCAAAGGAUUCAUGGCUGAGACCUGACAGGCUGUCUUGCACUCUAGGGUGGACAGAAGCACUUCUGUUCUCUCUGGGGGUGGGUUAGCCUGUAAGAACUAAAAUGUGGAGUUGGGCUGGGACUCUACAGAUGUAAAAUAAAUGAUUGAACAGUA